AAGAUGUUGCUCAAAAUCCGAUCUCGACCACUUUUCCCUUCCUCAAGACUCUUUCAUUACUCCAAAUGGAUUUUAGUAGUGAUCCCAUGUUAUCAUGUGCAUUUGGGAUUCUUUUUGGCUGCACAAAUUUGCAGACCCUUCGUAUCAGAGCUAUAUACAAGAAUGAUGUCCCACCACCUGCCAUAUUUUCUCGAGAGGUAGACUGCAGUACAAUGAGGCAGCUGCAGCUUCAGAAUGUUAAGUUAGAAGCAAUAAAAGGUUUGGAUAAUGAAGUAUGUUUGAUUAAGUAUAUGCUGGCGUGUUCCCCCGUGCUAAAGAGCCUUGUUGUUGUGUGCAACUCAUCCAUAGGGAGCAAUGAGAAGGAUAUGUUUGCUCGCAAGUUGCUGAAGCUCCAUCGAGCGUCCCCUAUAGCAGAGAUCAUCUUCUAGUUGUACAAAUGGAGCGCCUUAUGUAUUGAGAGAGUCAGCCAGCCGGGUU